ACCAUCGAUGUUGACGUCAUCAUUGUGCGUCGUUUCUCCAGAUAACGCUCUGCGGGCUCACUUCCUAACGCAUACCGUUUAAUUCAUACAUCAGGGACGUGUUGUGUCGCAUUUUAAUCCCUUUUUUUUGUAUGUAAAGUGAGUACAGUUUGUAGUCGACCCACAUGGAGUCCAUCGGGGCCAGCGAGGCGGAGACAGCAGGCACUGUGUCAGCGGCGCAGAGGAGGGCAGAGAUCCGGAGGAGAAAACUGCUCAUGAAUUCAGAAGAUAGGAUGAACAGAAUCACAGGUUUCACUAAAAUCGAGACUGAAAACAAAGCUGGAGCACUCCGGCGUCCAACAGAGCCUCGCUUCCACCUCGAUCUCGACAGGACAGAGCCCUGGUCAUCAUCCUCAUCUUCCCCAAGACCAUCCCCUUUCCUGCCAGAGGCUUCGGGGCUUGUCAGCCGUUCCCGAGGUGCCACCCCCGAGAGGAGGGGGUCACCUCUGCCGGACUGCAAUGAGCUAAUGGGAGGCCCUCUGGAAGACGACAUAGGAGGGAUUCGACCUAAACCCAGGGGGGAGCGGGUAUCAGACGACCUCAGUGGCUCCCCACGCAGAGGCCUCCAGAAGUAUCUGUCCCGUUUUGACGAUGCCAUGAAACUGCGCGGUCAGCUGGCCAAUGAGAAGCCGGCCCAAAAUGGAGGGUCUGAAGCAGAGGAGUUCGAUCCCUUCAUUGUCUUCCGUCUCAUCGGCAGCAUCCUCCUUGCUGUUUUUGUCAGGGUUUUUGUCUGCAAUUUUCUGUCAAUAUUUGCUCCAUUUCUGACACUCGAACUUGCCUACAUGGGGUUGUCCAAAUACUUUCCAAAGGUAGAUAAAAAGCCCCAGACCACUGUGCUGACCGCCGCCCUGUUGCUGUCCGGUAUCCCCGCUGAGGUCAUCAACCGCUCGAUGGACACCUACAGGAGGAUGGGGGACGUUUUUGCUGACCUCUGCAUUUACUUCUUCACCUUCAUCCUCUCACACGAGAUCCUGCUGCUCAUUGGUUCAGAGACUCCCUGAUGGACCAUGGGGAACUUAACAACCCUGUCCCCCUUCUUGUUAUCACCUCCCUCUAUCUCCCAUAGCAACAUUGCAUGGUCAUUUAUUUUGGCUGACGCGGCUCUUGUUUUCAGCAGUCUACAAAGGAGUCCUUACUGCCUUAUGAUCAGGGUUGCACAUGCGACCAGAGUCCAGUGUUUGUUACAGAUCGUCAGCUCAUAUCUGCUCCGGAAUGAACCUGCAAAACAGGAAGACGUCAUGUGUUUGCUUUAGAAAAGAUGUUCUGUGGCAUUUAUCGUGCUGAGGAAUAUCUAUUUGUCAGGUCUAAGUAAUGUUUUCAUUUGGAUCUGUCAUCCAGUGUUCAGAAGGAACUCCCGAAGCAAUCAAAACAAGUUCUUUCUUUGUCUAACAUUUACAAGAAGCAUUUAGUCCUUGAAUUUGUAGUGUAUUAUUUUGCACGGCUAUAGGAGCUUAAAACGCAGUAAACUUCAUUCAAUAUAAUAAUACUGUGGCUGAGGGGAAUGUUUAUGGUUUUACUGGACAGUACUGCCGCUGAAAAUGUAUUUGGGGCAGUUGGUUGCAUAUUUGUGUUGAGUAAUUCUGGUGAUGUGUCCUGCUUUGCUUUGUUUGAGUCUCAUGCAUACAUACUUCAUAUACAGUAUAUACUCUCUACUACUACGUUUGUGCUGUAAUUUCUUCUCCAUAAUUUAAUUCAUCCAAAUUAUUUAUUAAUGUGAAUUUAUUUUUUCAUGUAGAUGAAUUGGUGUGAUUUUUCCUAUGACUUGUCAGACCUACUUGAUUGUUUUUGAUAAUGUUUACAGAAUAACUGUUUGUAGUGGCUCUCACAAUAUGUUACUUCAGUAACAAAUUCAGUGUUACAAUAUAACAUGGUAAUACAUCUCUAAUUAAAGACAUAUGCAGGAAUGACUAACCGGACAAUUCAAACCAAAUAAAUACUACUUGUGUGAUA